CCCGUUUUGUCUCGAACAGGUGUCAUAAAGCAUUUGUGAAGCCACACCUGAAGCUUAAUUUGUAGUCGUGGAGAGGUGGCAUGGGGGCCUUGGAUGGAAUGUCUAAGCAGUCUGUCCGUAGCGGUGAUCCAGGGAACGCAACGAUGAGGUGGAUGGCUUGUUUGUUGACGCUGGUGCUGGCUGUCUGCACGGCGCGUCCACAGGAUGGCGACGGUGAAAACGAUUGUUAUGGGGAUGACUGCAACGAAAGCGAAUGUUACGGGGAGGACUGCUUCACUACACUUCCAACUACCACCGAUGCCCCCACCACCACUGAUGGCGAUGAUGAGUUGGUUGAGGACCACCACCACGUCAAGAGACAGGCUGAGGAUGUCGUUGCAUUUAGUCCUGAGCAAAGGGGGCAAGUUGCGUUCACCGUUACGAAAGGUGUUCAGACAUCCAGACGACCAGGGUUACGGUUUCAAACCGUGCUGACCAACGUUGGCGGGGCGUGGAACACUCGCACCUCACGGUUCGAGGCGCCAUACACGGGCGGUUACUUCUUCACCUACCACGCGGUGUCCGCAAUUAACGAGGACUUCACGCUGGCGCUGAUGAGGAACGGCAGGUACCAGGUGACGGCAUACGGCAGCAAUGACGGGUACCAGCACGCCUCCAACUCGGCCUUCCUGAAGCUGAACCGUGGAGACAUUAUGCACCUGGAGCUGCAGGAGGGGCACAUCUACGAGCACCCCCGCGAUGAGUCCUAUAUCUCCUUCACGGGGUUCAUGUUGUAUAUGAACGUGCACUAAUUGUCGAUUAACUGAAUUUUGACGAUGUGAGUUUUGAGUUUGUAUCCUAAAUUAAAGAUUAAAGAGGAGAGUAAAGGAAA